CACUCACCACCUGUUAGCCGCCGCGGUCGCGCGCCCAGUGCCGUCCGCAUCCGCCUGUCCACGGAUCCGCCACCCCCGCCCCCCGCAAGACCCGCCACCCCCUCAGCGCCGGCUCGCGCCGGCGGGAUGUCGAACUACCCGCGAGAGCCCUCGCCGAUGGGCCCGAAGCCGGACUGCCGGAGCGGGGACCUCGUCUCGCGGCUCCUGGCCGCCACCCCGCCCUACCUCUACAACAUCCCGGUCGGGCCGCAGAACUUCUUCUUCUCGGAGAUGCUCCGCGGAUUCGUCCACGCCCGCGCUGCCGCCCCCGCACCGCCUCCCAAGGACUCCACCCUCAGCCUGGGCCCGCCGCCGCCGCCCGGUUCCCGCAGGGGCCGGAAGCGCUCCUGGAAAGAGGCCAAGGCCGCCGAGCCCCUGGAACUCACGACGAAGACGCCGCCGCCGCCGCCCAGGGUCCAGUCGCCGCCGGCCCCGCCUAACGUGCUCCCGCCGAUGCUCCCCAUGCAGGCGGAGCUCCCCCUCCCGCCGCGCCUCGGGCCGGACCUCAUGAUCAACCCCCUCUGGUUCCCGCACCUCUACCCGCCCGUCCCGCCGCAGUUCGACCCGCUCAACUUCCUCAUGGACCUCCGCGCCGGCGCCGGCGCUGCCUGGCCCGAGGGCAAGGCGCCCGAGACCAAGGAAACGCCCGAAGAGCCGCUCAACUUGCAGGUGGAGGACAAAAAGCUGGAGCCGAUCCUGGGGUUUCCGUUCUUCAAGCAACGGCAGAGCUCGGCGUUCCGGGUGCCGCAGCCGCGGGGGCAGCCGGAGGUGGCGCGGGCGUCCGUGCAGACCAAGAGCACCAACUACAUCCUCCAGAACCUGCAGAAGAUCUACAUGGGCAUCAAGCAGGAGGAGGAGGAGCGGAGCCACAAGAAGGAGUCCGAGCCGGAACCAGAACCCGAGACUGCGGCUCCGGAGACUUCUUCCGAGGAGACCGCCAAGGGGGACAAGACCAAGGACCUGCGGGCGCUCAUCGGCCUCGAGUUGGUCGUCGACUACGUGAAGAAGGGCGAGAAGCCGAAGGGUGAUAAGUCGGAGGAAGGGUGCUCCGUCAAGGACGAGCAGGACCAGGACCCGGAGCUCUCCGACUCCACGGACGAGACCUUCUCGCACCACUCGGAUAUGUCUUCUUCGCACUCGCAAGGACUCGUCCAGAAUUCCGGCGGACCCUACUUGAUGUAGACCUGGAUGAAUCGUUUAAUCCGUGAUAUUAAGUGAUCGCACUCGAGAAGCCUGCGGACAGGGUGGCAAAAUUUUACGAAAAAUAAAAUCUUGAAAUUUCAUGUGAAAAAUUUAAUAAAAUCUCCGAAAUUUAUGAAAGA